AUGAACCCUUCAGACUGGCACACCAACUCCCUGACAGGGUGCGAGGACUGUAGCAUUCUCCAGAUGGACAUUGUCAAAUAUUCCUCUAUCUCGUCCACCCUCCCCGUUACCGAGUUGAUCGACCUGCUCAACGCCCUCUUCUCCUCUAUCGACUUUGCAGCAGAGACGAUCGGCAAGAUAUGGAAGGUGGAGACGAUCGGGGAUUGCUACAUCGCCGUAGCAGGAGGUCCUCAGCCCUGUCGCGAUCAUGCGGAUCGAGCAGUGUUGUUGGGAUGCUCCAUCGUCAAGAUCGCCAAGUCGAUCUCGAAGGCUGUUGGGAUUCAGUUGGAGGUACGCAUCGGCAUACACAGCGGCGAUGUGAUGGCUGCAGUCCUGGGUUCUUACCUCCCCAGGUUCCUCGUCUUCGGCUCGAACUUUCAGAUCGCCAGCAAGCUGGAAGAGAAAGGAGUUGCUUCGCAUGUCCACCUGAGCUCUUCCACCGCAGACUUGCUCCGCCAGGAAUGGAAC